GGACGUUGUGCUGGGAGUGUGAUGAUGGCCUCCACAGCGCCGCUCCUCCUCCAGCUGCUCCUGCUGACCGCCGCCGUCUCAGCGUUGCAACACUGGGGAGGAACCAUGAACAUCGCCUACAAAGGAAGAAACCCUGACGGAUCCUUCAGGCUGUCUCUCCGGACCAGAGCGACUUCUGAUACCUGCGAUUACUCCCACUACUGGUUCUGUCCCAGUGGGAACUGUUCCCUCCCCACCAGCAGAGUGUUGUCUCCGAUCGACAGCAGCGCAGAUGGGAACCAGUGGUGUGAAGCAGAAAACAUCGAGAGCUGGAGUCUCCCUUCUGACAAACCGGUGAAGCUCAGGGCGGCGAGCUGCUGCUGGGCCUCAACGCGUAACUCUGUCAGCAGCUGGAGGCUCAACACACUGGUGGAUCUGGGAGUGAGGUCAGACACCAGAAAACCAAACAAAUCCCCAAACACUGCCGUCCUCCCCUUCAUCAGAGUUCCUCAGAACUGCCCGAGAACGUACAACCUGCCCUCGUUUGAUGCAGACGGAGACCGGGUCCGGUGCCGGUACCAGAACCUCCCAAACACAGAAUGUGACAACUGCAACUCCAUCUCAGGUUUUCAACUUGAUCGGGAUUCUUGCCGGUUGAGCUUCCAGUCCGCCGAGGCUGAUCACAGAGUUUUUGGGUUUGAGAUGGUAGUAGAAGACUUUCCACGACGCUCUAUCGAUCUGUUCUACUCAGACGGGUCGAAAGCUCGCAAGUUCCCACUGAUUACAAGGAUGAAGAGGAAAGUAGAAGCUGUGAUCUCUGUGGUGACUGUGGGGGACCAAAUCCAAACAGGUGCAGCAGAAACCGGACAGUUUACUGCUGACCCAGAAACCUCUGCCUCCUGGAGGCAACGGUCAACUCCUGCAGCAACCGAAAUAUCAGCCACACUGGAAACUACUGACCCCUUCUGGUUGUGGUGGAGAACAACUUCAACUGCACCAACAAUUACAAAACCAACUUCUACUGCACCAACAAUUACAAAACCAACUUCAACUGCACCAACAAUUACAAAACCAACUUCAACUGCACCAACAAUUACAAAACCAACUUCAACUGCACCAACAAUUACAAAACCAACUUCAACUACACCAACAAUUACAAAACCAACUUCAACUGCACCAACAAUUACAAAACCAACUUCAACUGCACCAACAAUUACAAAACCAACUUCAACUGCACCAACAAUUACAAAACCAACUUCAACUGCACCAACAAUUACAAAACCAACUUCAACUGCACCAACAAUUACAAAACCAACUUCAACUGCACCAACAAUUACAAAACCAACUUCUACUGCACCAACAAUUACAAAACCAACUUCAACUGCACCAACAAUUACAAAACCAACUUCAACUGCACCAACAAUUACAAAACCAACUUCAACUGCACCAACAAUUACAAAACCAACUUCAACUGCACCAACGACAACAACUUCAACAAACUUCAACAACUCGGCAAAAACUCCUGCUGCAACCAUUACCCCACGGCGUGAGACGUGGACAACUACGUCAUCUCGACUGCAAAGUACAACCCACCAAGAGACAAAUAUUUCCCCCAUCAGUGAAUUACCACUUCAGUUCGCUUUUCUUGUGGAUCCUCCUGUUCCUUCAUGUCAGGACGGACUCUACCUGCCUCGCCUUGUGGCUCCAACACCUUCAGACGGAGAGCGAAUCGUAGGAGAGGUCGAGAAAGAGCUGGAGGUCAGAGUCAUGGCACAAGCCACACAGUCAGCGAUAUUUAAUCUGGUUUUAAGUGGGCCAACGAACGUCACCAAACACAGAGACACAAAAACCGAAUUCGUCAUCAGAUGGACGCCGACUGCAGACGACCUGGGAGAUUUUCACCCCAUCUGCUUCGCUGUGGAAUCAGUGAAUGGGCGUUCUGUCUACCAGUCUGAGAUGAGGUGUGUUCUGGUGGAAAUCAGGAAGCGACAAAUUGAAGCCACAGUGACCUGCACCCAAUCCACAAUGAAGGUUGAGGUUGACAAAGCUUCCUUCUUUGGACUCCAGGAGGAUCAUCUUCGCCUCAGUGACCCCAGCAACACCGUCUGCAGCCUGCAGAGACACUCCAACAGCACUCACAUCGUCGCCGUCAUUCCCCUCAACGAAUGCGGGACUCAGAUCGAGGAAGACGACGACUACCUCAUUUUCAAGAAUGAGAUCACCACUAAGGAAGACGACCCGAACAAGCUGAUCACCAGGAAGCACCUGGUGGAGGCCCGGUUCUACUGCCAGUACCCCAAACGGGGGAAUGUGACGCUGAGCUUCUCAGCUCACAGAAAGAACGUCACGGUGUGGGAGAAAGGCUUCGGCACGUUCACCUACCAGUUUGAGUUUUACCAGAGCAGUCAGUUCAACGCCCUGUUCAGCCCAAACUCAUACCCACUGGAGUACGACGUGGGAGACAGGAUCUACAUGCGGCUGGACGCCAGCUCCUCUGUCAACAACACCGAGAUGUUUGUGGAGUCCUGCAGAGCUGCACCGUAUGACAACCACUAUCAUCCAACCUACUCCAUCAUUGAGAACGGGUGUGGGGUUGAUCCGACUGUGCAGACAUAUACACCUUCCAACGACAGACAGUUCCAGUUCAGCAUGGAGGCCUUCAGAUUUAUCGGCCUGCAUGAUCAGGUGUACAUCAGCUGCACAGUCAUGAUGUGUGAAGCAGGAAACCCCAACACCAGGUGCUCCAGGGGAUGCAGCAACUCCACAGGGUCCAGCAGCUUCAUUCGCAGAAAGAGAGAGGCUGUGAUCGAGAGCGGAAAGCACUUCGUUUCCCAGGGUCCUUUGCGUCUGAAGCGUGAGGCGGACCCCAGAGGGGGCUCAGCUGCCAACCUGAACCUGAACCUGGUGUUUGUGGCUGGAUGUCUCCUGGCUGCUGUUGGGAUGGUCUGCGGCGUCAUCAUCUACAAAAGCAAAACCUCCAGGGUCAAAUACCAACCUCUGCCGGCACAUGAAAGCUAAAGCUGCAGCAUCAGCCCAACUGCUUGGAUCAUCUGAACAUGGCAUUCUGGAUGUUUCUGAACUAUUAAUUAAAUCUCUUUAAGCUACUCAGAAACCUUUGAUUAUUUCUCUCCUAUUUGAAUAAAAUAUUUGCUUCUGUUUAAGAAAAUGUGCCUUGAGCUUUUCUUCUAUGAAAGGGUCCUUUUGGUUUUAUCAUUUUCUGUCUGAAAAUCUCAAUAAAAUACUCAUUUCAUUA